ACUCGCUCGCGAGCCGUCGCUGGGUACCGAACUCGGAGGAGAGUAAUGGCACCAGAAUAACAUUGCACUCUGGGCAAGUCAUAGUGAGUCAAGGAGAUUAGCUGCUCUUAACUGAACUUCUAAGUCAGGCAUAAACCAGAAGAAGACACAUGUAGGAAACAUUAUUCAAAAUUUGAGGAUCGAAACGUUUACGGGCAUUUGUUGUAUUUCCAACUGGGAGCAAAAGGGAUACGUUUCUUGACAUGUGAAUUCAAAGGAGUUACGACAACCCCCCCAAAAUGAAGCUUACCUCUUUUCUGCGUUACUUCGCUUUUCUUUUGACUUAUGUGGUGGUAGGAGUGAGCUUUUCUCAGUCAGUAUGUCCUGGCACCGAGAACAAGCUGAGCACGCUGUCAGACCUCGAGCAGCAGUACCGCACCUUGCGCAAGUACUACGAGAACUGCGAGGUGGUGAUGGGUAACCUGGAGAUCACCAGCAUCGACCGCAACCGCGACCUGUCCUUUCUCAGGUCUAUCCGGGAGGUGACAGGGUACGUGCUGGUGGCCCUGAAUCAGUUUGACUACCUGCCCCUGGAGAACCUGCGGAUCAUCCGGGGUACCAAGCUCUACGAGGAGCGCUACUCCUUGGCCGUCUUCCUCAACUACCGCCGCGACGGCAACUUCGGCCUGCGGCAGCUCGGGCUCAGGAACCUCACUGAGAUCCUAAAUGGGGGCGUGUACGUUGACCAGAACAAGUUCCUGUGCCAUGCUGACACCAUCCACUGGCAGGACAUUGUCAAGAACUCCCGCUCAGAGCUCUUGGUGGUGCCCACCAAUAGUAGUGUUGGAUGCAGGCGGUGCCACCGGACCUGCAAUGGUCGCUGUUGGGGCCCCCGGGAGGACGAAUGCCAGACCUUGACGAAGACCGUGUGUGCCGAGCAGUGUGACGGUCGCUGUUUUGGACCGUACGUCAGUGACUGCUGUCACCGGGAGUGUGCUGGAGGGUGCUCUGGUCCCAAAGACACUGACUGCUUUGCCUGUACCAACUUCAAUGACAGUGGUGCGUGCUUGACCCAGUGCCCCCAGCCCUUCGUCUACAACCCCACCACCUUCCAGCUGGAACACAAUCCUGAGGCCAAGUACACCUAUGGAGCUUUCUGCGUCAAGAUGUGUCCACAUAACUUCGUUGUAGACCACAGCUCCUGUGUUCGUGCCUGUCCCAGCAACAAGAUGGAGGUGGAGGAGAACCAGGUCAAGAAGUGUACUGCCUGCACUGACAUCUGUCCUAAAGCUUGCGACGGGAUCGGAACGGGCAGCCUGCAGGCGGCUCAGACUGUGGACUCCAGCAACAUCGACAAGUUCAUCAACUGCACCAAGAUCAACGGCAACCUGGUGUUCCUCAUCACCGGCAUCAAGGGGGAUGUUUAUCAUGGUAUUGAGGCUCUGGACCCAGAGAAGCUGAAUGUGUUUCGCACGGUCAGAGAGAUCACAGGCUUCCUGAACAUCCAGUCCUGGCCAGAGAAUAUAACGGAUCUCAGUGUCUUCUCAAACUUGGCUACCAUAGGAGGGAGGGCCCUUUACAGUGGUAUCUCCCUCCUGAUCCUCAAGCAGCAGUGGAUCUCCUCCCUACACCUGCAGUCCCUGAGAGAGAUCAGUGCCGGCAACAUCUACAUCACCAACAACAGCCAGCUGUGCUACUACAACACCAUCAACUGGACCAGCCUCUUCCGCACCAACAGCCAGAAGGUCCUGAUCCGCAACAACCGCAACCCCAAGGAGUGCACCCAGGAGCAAAUGGUGUGUGACCCACUGUGUUCUGACGGAGGCUGCUGGGGACCUGGAGCUGACCAGUGCCUGUCCUGCCGUUUCUACAGCAGGGGGCGCACCUGUGUGGACUCAUGCAACCUCUAUGAAGGGGAUAUUCGUGAGUUUGCUAACGGGUCUGUCUGCCUGGAAUGUGACCCUCAGUGUGAGAAGGCAGAGGAUGACACGUUGACAUGCCAUGGCCUGGGCCCUGAUCACUGUGUGAAGUGCCUGCAUUUCAAAGACGGGCCCAACUGUGUGGAGAAGUGUCCAGAUGGCCUGCAGGGGGCACACAGCUUCAUCUUCAAAUAUGCUGAAGCCAAUAAGGAAUGCCACCCCUGCCACUCUAACUGCACCCAGGGGUGCACCGGACCCAGGAUCCAAGAUUGUCUGGGGAUGAUGGACAGGACUCCGCUCAUCGCAGCCGGAGUGAUUGGGGGUCUGUUCGUGGUGGUCAUAGUCGCGCUCAGCGUGGCGGUCUCCGUCCGUCGCAAGAGCAUCAAAAAAAAGCGGGCGCUAAGACGAUUCCUAGAGACAGAGCUGGUGGAGCCGCUGACCCCCAGCGGGACAGCCCCAAACCAGGCCCAGCUGCGAAUCCUGAAGGAGACCGAGCUGAAGAGGGUGAAGGUUCUGGGCUCUGGAGCGUUUGGCAUUGUUUACAAGGGGAUCUGGGUGCCAGAGGGCGAGAGUGUGAAGAUUCCUGUGGCCAUUAAGAUUCUAAAUGAGACCACAGGUCCCAAGGCCAGCGUGGAAUUUAUGGACGAGGCUCUGAUCAUGGCCACCAUGGAGCACCCCCACCUGGUGAGGCUGCUGGGCGUGUGCCUCAGCCCCACCCUGCAGCUGGUGUCCCAGCUCAUGCCCCACGGCUGCCUGCUCGACUAUGUCCACGAGCACAAGGACAACAUCGGCUCCCAGCUUCUGCUCAACUGGUGUGUGCAGAUCGCCAAGGGCAUGAUGUACCUGGAGGAGAGGAGGCUGGUGCACAGGGACCUGGCUGCUCGCAACGUGCUGGUCAAGUCCCCCAAUCACAUUAAGAUCACCGACUUCGGACUGGCCCGCCUGCUGGAUGCCAAUGAAAAGGAGUACAAUGCUGAUGGGGGCAAGAUGCCCAUUAAAUGGAUGGCCUUAGAGUGUAUCCACUACAGGAAGUUCACACAUCAGAGUGAUGUUUGGAGUUAUGGGGUCACCGUGUGGGAGCUGAUGACCUUUGGAGGGAAGCCGUAUGACGGAAUACCCACCUGUGAGAUCCCUGAGCUCCUGGAGAAGGGAGAGCGUCUGCCUCAACCCCCCAUCUGCACCAUUGACGUCUACAUGGUCAUGGUCAAAUGUUGGAUGAUUGAUGCAGACAGCAGGCCCAGGUUCAAAGAACUGGGCGCAGAGUUCUGCAGGAUGGCUCGUGAUCCUCAGCGUUACCUGGUGAUCCAGGGUGAUGACUCCAUGAAGCUGCCCAGUCCCAGCGAUAGUAAGUUCUUCCAAAGUCUGCUGGAGGAAGAGGAGUUGGAGGAGCUGCUGGAUGCUGAAGAGUACCUUGUCCCACAAGCCUUCAACAAUGGUCCCCCACCAUCCUACACACUCCAGCCCCAGUCAUCCACCAACAAGUUUACGGAUCGACACAGUGGUUGUGGCGCAGAGAAGGCUCCAUCUCCCUGCUCUCACGUACCCAUGGCAUCAGGUCCUCCCUGUGCCUCCCAGGAAGCCACAACCACUCAGAGCGCCACCCUGGAGGACAAGGGCUGCAAUGGCACCCUGCUCAAGCAGGCCUCUCCCCAGCCCGAGGGGGGAAAUGCUAGCCAGCGCUACAUCACUGACCCCACCGAGCGUGGGACCCGCGGGAACACCAGCCAGGACGGCUACAUGAGCCCCAGCAAGGACAAGACCUCCUCAGCAGACUAUCUUAGCCCUGUGGAGGAGAACCCUUUUGUUUCGCACAACAAGAGUGGGGAGACACACAUGCACCACAGUGCCCCCAGCAGGCAGUCCAAGGUAGAGGACGAGUACAUAAACCAGCCCCUGUACCUGAACACCUUUCACAGCGUGGGUGAGAAGGGCCAGGGACACCAGAAGAAGAAUGGGGUCCCUGUCUCUAUUCCCUCUGCCAUUUCUGUCACUAGUGUCACUCACACCCCCCAUGUUGCACAUCCUGGCCACGCCCCUAACCCCACUCAUAUAGGUCAUGCUCCUCACCUCACUCACAUAAACUAUGCCACACACCUUGCUAAAGCAGGCCACACCCCUUUCCCUGUCCCUACUCAGGCAGUUUACAUCUCCCACCCUGCCCUGGGCAGCCAGGCUCCUCACCCUGCCCUGCCAGGCCAUACCCCUUACCCUACCCAGCAAAGCCACACCGCUCACCCUGCUCAAACAGGCCAUGCCCCUCAUGUCACUCAAGCUGGGCAUGCCCCCCAGCCUACUCAAGCAGGCCACACCCCUCAGCCUACCCAAGCAGUCCAUGCCCCUCAAGCUGUCCAGGCAAGCCACGCCCCCCAUCCUACCAAGAUAAGCCAAGUCCCUCACCUUAACCAAUCAAGCCACACCUCCAACCCUGCCCAAACAGACCACCCCAUCCAAAAAAUCCACCCAACCUACCCAGUGUACACUCUCCACCCCACCCUCCCUGGGUAUGCCCUCCAUCCAGCCCACCCCGCCCACGCAGGUUCCACCCUGUCGGGUAAGAAGCCCGAGCAGACCUUCGACAAUCCAGAGUACUGGCAGCACAGCCUUCCCCCGGGCGCUGGCCGGCCGGGCCCGGAGCAGCAGCAGGAGUGUGGAGGUAAGGUGCUGUGCAAACAGAAUGGGCGCGUCUGUCCCACGGUGCCCGAGAGCCCAGAGUACCUGUCCCAGUUCUCCCUCAAGCCCGGCCCGGCGCUGCCGCCCCCACCCUACCGCCAGCGGAACACUGUGGUGUAGCGGCGGGGCGGCGCUGUUCAACCGCGGCAGCUGCCCCCUCCCUCCACUCGACCUCUGCUUGCCCCGAUUACCAUGCCAGCGAAAUGUACACCUUCUACUUCCUCCUCCGACAAACUGGAGCAAGCCACACUCGACCGACGGACCAGCUGACCUCCUGCCCGGGAUCCGACGCAGCCUCGCAAGGAAGGGACCGGCCCCAAUGAGCUUUGGGACUGCAGUCUGUCUCCAGUUCUGUUUUUUUUUUAAAAACAUGUUAAUCAAAGACGCCUUCCAUUUUCUGCAUUCCCAAUCUCACCCCAGAAACCCCUCACCCUCCUUUCUCAAGAGAGGGAUCUUUCUUGAGGGUCAACAGGAGGAAGACAUUUUAUCUCUUACCUGACACGUACCUGUCUGGCUGUCUGGUCAUCCGCUCAUCUCAUAAGAGAAAUGGCUUCCGUCACUGUACCUUUAUUGGAAAGUACCUGUGUGCAGAGGGUAGGCUUCAGAGCAAUACGAGGGAAAUGGUGGCAUUGUGUGGCAGAGCUUGUCUACUAGAUGGACAAGAUGGAUGUUUCUUACUGUAAUGGAAUUAUGAGAAACAUUGCACAGAAAUGCAGGCGGACAGUGCUACCUCCAGAAGUUGCGACUGAGUCGACAUUUUGUUUCCCAGAGUUUCUGACCUGUAAUGAAUCCCUGGACAGCCAGACUACCACUCAUGCCGUUUCUUUACAUUUUUUUAGCCAUAGUCUUGUUAUACAUUUGUACCUUUGAGGUCCUCCCUGCCAAAUGUACUGUAUGAACCCCAGUGUAUUGCUGAGGAUAAUUUGGUGAUCUGUCAUACAGUAAAUAGUCUGACCACCAUUGAGGGUAUUCAGAGUUUUUAUCAGACAUUGUAAAGCUUCUGCCAGUACCAUGAAAAUGCAGCUUUUAUGUGCUUUUUUUUUAUAUUAUUGAGCACAUUUUAUCCACACUGUAUUAAGUCAAUCCUGACCCUGUGUACAUAAAUAGCAUAUAUCCUCCUAACUCAGUUGCUGAAAGACAACAUUUCCGCACUUGGGUUCCAGCUUUUGCCAGAAGCUGCCCUGACCUCAGGCAGGAUUGUGGAUACGCAAACAAAGCAGAUGAGUUUUGAGAUGCGCGGAGUUCAAAGAGAGCUCCGCACUAGAGACAAAGAGAAGAACUGUGGCAUUGUAACUUGGAUUUUCACUGAAACACACUGAGUGGCAGGACUGAAGAGUGGUUCAGCUCUCCUCUCCUGCCUAAUGUCUUUGUCCUGGAUCUCAGAGGGAGGAAAGACUGAAGCCACAAUACCAGCAAUGCAAAACUCUGUAGGCCAGAAUGAACCCCCAUAAUGAAGUGUUCAGUCUGAGGCUCCUCCUCACCUGGCUACAAACCUUUUAUAUUAUUAUCAUUAAUAUUAUUUAUUAUUUUUUUUGUAGACAUGGGGAGAGUUGUAGAGAUAUGCUCAUACACACAGCAUUCACAUUGGUGUGCAUGUGCAUGUGUGUGACAGUAAUAUUUACUUUCAAGCAGUCAGAGACUGUGUCAGUUCACAGCCAGAUCCAUGUUAGUGUGAACACUGCCACUUGUCACAUUUUCUGCUAAGAGGAAGACCUAUCCAUGCUUCUUUCAUGAAAUUUUGAUGCUUGUGGAAAAGAACUGUAUCCAUGUAACUGCAUCGGAAAUGUGCUUUAAUUUAUUUGCGUGGAAAGGUUUGGCCCCCCUACGAUGCACUGUAAUCACACAAGAAUGAGAAAUGGGGUAAUUCCUCUCUUGAGACUGUAAAAGUUUGCUGCCGUGAAAUUGUCAAAUAAGAGACACGGGGGGGCACGAGUGUUGGCCGCAAAGAUGUUUAUCGGCUAAUGAGGUUGUACUUUUCUCUUUUCUGAAGCUGGUCGAAUUCUAGCUUGUGCAGCUGAGUUCAAAGGAGGCAAGCUUAACAAGACUUUGAAGAUAGCAGGAUUUGGGGGUUUUAGAUUAGAUUUGCAGACUCAUUGACCGAGGGCGUUUACUUAACGGCGUUCUGCUGCUGCGUACCCGCAUGAAGUAUCGAAUCAGACGUUCAGCAUCUGGUAUCAGAGCCAUUAGUGCACUGCCAUGGCCUGGUCUGGACAGAGUAUGUUCUGGGGGCGGAGGGGGAAAUACAGUGUGCUUUUUCUGCCAGUGGAGUAGAGUUAAUAUAUUGCUUGUGUUCAAGGAAAAUGAUUGCCUUGAAAUGAAAGACCUGGGCUCCCAAACAGCUUAAACGAGCAGAUUAAACCUUAUCCAUUUGUUAACUGGUGAUAAUAAGCAAGAGAACUGAUAAUUUGACCUCCUUAAAAACACCUCCAGGGUUUCCAGUGUGCUUUUUAGGGACUUAAGUUAUCUCCAUUGACUCCUGAAAUCAUGUACUUCAUUGACAUCAGCAGUGCUGGCAGUAAUGCUAUUUGCUUUACAUUUGUAUAUUUAUUUUCUCAAGUAGGUGGGGGAACGGUAUUUUAUCUUUUUUUUAUUUUUUAUUGAGUGCCACUGAAUAUCAUUAAGUACACAAAUACGGUAUUGUUUUGUGAUGUCAAUAAUCAGGUUUUUCUGCGGUGGUGUAAAAAUGUAGUUGGAUGUGUAGUGGUGUGUUUGUUCUCUUACUGGGAUGGAGGUUAAUCCUGGUUGUGACACCAGAUGACUUCUCUGUUUGAGUUCCAGACCCCCGUCUAACGCAGUUUCUCUUUUUAAUAUCUUUGAGUUGAUCUGAAUUUACUGUUUAAAUAAAACUACUGAUGUACGAGCACAGAACUUUUCAUAUGCAUAUUUCAUUGGCUCCUGUAUCUGACUGCAGGAAAUAUAGUCCUAGAUUACACAUUAUUUACAUUGUUUCAUCUGGAUUUUAUUAUAACACACUGAAAAACAACAGAAGAGGAAGCCCUUUUUUUAUUACAUCGGCACACAGAAUGGUUGUUCCUCAACAUUUACUACUGUACGUUAACCAAGAAAAUGUGAAUAGUAUUUUUAUAGAUCUCUGAAGAAUUGCCCAAGUGCAUUUGUAAAUAAAGGGAAAGCAUUGCAUUUGGAUUUGUAUUUUCUCUUGUUUUGUUUUCAUUUUUUCCUCAAAAUUAAAUUGGUUUGUUGAAUUUACUGUAAUUGUUUAUGUUCUGUAAAUACUUGAUUUCGAUGGUGAUUUUGUAUUUUCUUUUGUUGAGCUUGUGCGCUCCCUGCCCUGUCAGACAUUGUCCGGUCAGCCCUGUGCUUGGAAUGAUGUGAUGAUCUCUUGCUUUUUUACCUGUUCUCUUGCUUUUCCCCACCAGGACUCAUUUCUUGUAUGCUUCUGUCCCAUGCUCAUUUCACUGUUGUUUAUUAUGGUCAUUCAUUGUUAUUCAAGCUUAUUCUUUUGUGAAAACUCCAAGGCUCUGUUGUGAUCUUGAUUAUUGCUGUACUGAGACCGAAAGCCCAAACUCUAUUUCUAUGCUUUUCUCUUUCUUCCUCCUCCCUCAUUUUUUCCUUCCUCUAUUGUUCUUAUUCUGCUCUCUCUGAAUUGGGGCUGGGCUCAUGAGCUUCACUGAUGAAUUAUGGGUAAAAGCUCUGCUUUUGUGUGAGUUGGCCAAUGCCGUGUUACAAACAGUGUUGUUCCUGUGAGCCCACUGAACAUAUUGCUCAUCGAUCCCCCUCAUAAUUGUGCAGCACAUGACCAGGUCUUUGCUGAGGUUCUCUGUUGAACAGCCUGCUUUUAAUUUACAAAAUGUGGGCUGUUUUCUAAUGUUCAGGCAGAAUUAAAUAGUGUCAUAUAAAGGAUGCAAUCGGGGAAAACUUUUCAUGAUAUGUAAAAUCACUGUGAGGGAUCCAAAUGAUCUUUGGUGCUACAGUGCUACACCCUUCAUCUUAAACAAGGUGUACAUUCUUAAAUGCAUGAUCACAACUUUAACAAAAGCCCACAAUGAAGAGAAUCGCGCAGUUUUUAAAGUAUGUGUUUAAUUUCAACUGUUCACCACCUUAGCUAAAUCACAAUUAGAAUGACUGGUUGGUAUGCAUAAGUACAGAGUACAGAGGGGAAAUUUCAGUUGAUUGAUUUGAUAUUUGAUUGAUUUAAUUGAUUCACAGUUGAAUCCACACAUGCAUGAUUGUGUAUGAUGGUCCUGGUGCAAUUAAGGUUGAACCGUGAGGUUCCCAGGUUUGGUGUGCCAUAAGCCCCCAAGGUACCCCCCUCCCUGCUCCUGGUGGUCUUACCAUCCCUAGGCUACAGUGUAUUCUGCUCCGCAUUUUUGUUACAUAAAUAUGUCAAAAGUAUAUUUUUAAUUUAAUAUAAAUAAAGAUCAAUUCAAAUAUUUCA